AUGUCCAAGAUUUUCGCUGUCUUUGGUGCCACCGGUCAACAGGGUGGCUCCGUCAUCGACCACGUUCUCGGCAACCCCCUGCUUGCAGCUAUCUAUAAGGUGCGCGCCAUUACCCGCGAUAUUACCACGGUCAAGGCUGCUCAGCUGCGCGACCAAAACGUUGAGGUCGUUCACGGCGAUGCCGAUGACCGCGGCUCGCUCAAUGCUGCGCUGGCCGGCGUCCACAGCGUCUUUGCCAUGACCAUGCCGGCCCACCGCCCGUCCACUGUCGAGCAAGCCGUCGAGGCCGAGUUGUGCGCCGCCCGGAACAUCGCCGACGCCGCUCAGACUCAGGGCGUCGCUUUUUUCAUCUUCAGCUCGCUCCUGUCGCCGACAGCCCUCUCACACGGCAGAUACACCCGCUUCCUCCCCGCCGAGGCCAAGGCUCGCGCCGAGCAGUACAUUCGCGGCCUAGCCUUUCCCGAGGGCAUCGCCAUCUUCAUGCCCGCCUACUUCAUGCAGAACUUUGUCGCUGCCCCGUUCAUGCCCCUGUUGCCGGAGCCUGGCGCCUCUGCUUCGACUACCGCCCGCUGGACCCUCACCAGCCACCUCCCUCCCUCGGCUCGCCUCGCCCUCAUCGACGUCGCCACUGACUCUGGCCGAUUUGUCGGUACCAUCCUCGCCAACCCCAAUCGCUACCGUGGGAAGACCGUCUGUGCUGCCGCCGGUCAGUUCACCAUACCUCAAGUUGCUGCUGCCAUGGCUGCCGCCACUGGUAAAGACAUCGGCUACCGCCAGAUUCCCCUCGACGAGUACCGCGCUGCCAUCCCGCCAUUUGUCGCUGAGUUCCUCCCCGAUGGUCUCAGUGCCUGGACCGAGUUUGGCUACUACGGCACUGACUCCGACCGUUUGAUUACCGAGGCCCUUGAGGACCUCCACGGCAGUCUCGUCACCACGCCCGCUGAUUUCUUCGCUGCUCAUCCGCCAAAGCUGGAGUAG